AUGUCUUCGCCGCAACCCCACUUCACCCUCUUCUCGAUGAAAGGCCUGCCUCCCAAUCCAUGGAAGGUCGUCAUGAUUCUCGAAGAGCUUGGCCUCGAGUACGAGUCCGUUUACCUCGACAUCGGCAAGGGCGACCACAAGCUGGAAUCGCACACGAAGCACAACCCGAACGGCCGUGCACCUACGCUUAUCGACCACAAGAACAACGAUUUUGUCGUCUGGGAGUCUUGCGCCAUCGUCCAGUACCUCGUUGAGAAGUACGAUACCGAGCGCAAGAUCUCGUUCGCAGGGUUCGAAGACCGCAUCCUGCUCUCGCAGUGGCUCUUCUUCCAGGCAUCGGGCCAAGGCCCGUACUUUGGCCAGGCCGGAUGGUUCACUUUCUUCACUCCGAGAAGAUCCCGAGCGCAUCGAACGGUACCGCAAGGAGAUGUGCGCGUCAUCGGCGUGCUCGACGCGACGCUCGCGACGCGCCAGUGGCUCGUCGGCGACAAACCGAGUGCCGCGGACUUGUCCUUCGUUGUGGAAUCGUGUCGCGGUGAAGGACGUUCUUGCGGCUGGGACGGGCUCAAGGUGGAUGAGUUCCCGCAUUUCAAGAGAUGGCACAACGAGCUUCUCGCGAGGCCUGCGGUAGCGAAAACCAUCGCGAUGUGGGACGAGACACGCAGCGGUUAA